AUGAGGGAGGAAGAAAGCGCGGAUCUGCCUAUAUUUCAUCCUGCUAGAAAGAUCUUCAUAUCUCCCGUCCUAGCCGACGCUGUCACUGUCCGAACUCGAAAGUUCCUCACAAAUCGUCUGCUUCAACGAAAGCAAAUGGUCGUAGAUAUCCUCCAUCCAGGUCGACCAAACAUAUCUAGGACUGACUUGCGAGACAAGUUGGCUGGCAUGUACAAGGCCGAAAAAGACAACAUUUUCGUCUUUGGUCUACGAACUGCAUUCGGUGGUGGAAAGACUACCGGAUUUGCCUUGAUUUACGACUCAAUGGAUGCCGCAAAGAAGAUUGAACCCAAAUACAGACUCAAACGUCACGAACCUCCAGAAAACACCAAAUCUUCAAGAAAACAAGUAAAGGAACGAAAGAACAGAGCCAAGAAGUUCCGUGGUAUCAAGAAGGCCAAGGCAGCACAACCAACCAAGAAGUAA